AGGGAAUAGGCGCGGAAUUCGAAUAUGUGGAACAGUAGAUUACAACAAGUGAUGCUUGAUAAGAUAACGUACGUUUCUUGUAGAUAAUACAUUACACAUUUUAGUGAUGAAUUUGUUUGUUGUGCUAAAUCAUGGAAGAACCUAGUAAUUCUACCUACCGUCCUCGCGAAAGUAGAGUGGAGGAUCUCCAUUUAGACCGUGUGGUGGCCUCGCAACCAGAAAUCGGUCCCACGCCCCCCGAUGGUGGCUACGGAUGGGUCAUCGUCGUAUCUGCUAUCAUUUACAAUGCCACAGUCCCACCUUUAUUAUUUCUAUACGGGCUGAUCAUCUUGAAAUCGAUAAGAGAGGAGGACCACGAUGAAGAUGAGAAAAUGAAGAUUUGGGACGUGGACGUAGCCCUAGUUCCUGUGAUCAUGAUCGUGAUAAAGCUCCUUCUGGAGUCCUGGUGUAGAGUCGUCGUGAAGAUGUUCAACAUGCCCCGGUUCACGGCCCUGGCUGGUCUCUGCAUGACCGUAGCUGGAGUCCUGCUGUCCAGUUACUCCACUAGUUUAUACAGCAAUGACCACAUAAUUAACAUCUUUGCAGGAAUUUUCGUCGGUUCAGGGUAUGCUCUAACUGCCCAACAGUCUGACGUCAUCAUUAGCCACUACUUUAGAGACAAGCUGACCCUAGUACAAAGGCUCAUUCGCAUGGCUCCUACAUUAGGCAACGUCAUAGUGCCUAUCAUUAUAGGCUACUUGUGUACUGUGUAUAGCAGCGACAUCGUCGUAAUGAUGUACGGAGCCCUUCUUAUGCAGAACUGCCUAUUCCUAGCGACCUACACCCGGCCAGUAUACAUAGAGAGGGUAAUAAGGUCCACCUACAACAUGAUUAGAGCUGUAGAAGACGAGGAUGAGGUGAUCUUCCCGAACCAAAACCCUCAGCCGAGCCAAAGCACGCCAGCACCUGCAGCCACGGUCUCGAUCGAGGACGAUGCCAACGACGUCGUUGUCUUCAAAUCCAAGAGAGGAGCCAAGGAAGUUAUUGACCCUGAAGUCGAAUACCGAGCGAACAGAUUUUCGUCGGAUUUCUCUGCCAUGGAUACGAAUCGUUUCUCGUCGGAUUUCAGCACGAUGUACGAUAGCCCGUCGAGGUUUUCGUCGGAUUUCGGCACGCUCGACAUCAACCGCGUCAGCGGUUAUCAGGAGCUGGCGAAUAUUGACAGAGAAGGUCAAAACCCUCAGCCUUUGUAUCGAGGAACAACCGUAGAUACGCCCUCAAGUCUAGUAUUUCCUACUGAGGUAACUCCAGGAACGGCUAGACGGACGGCAUCCAUGAAGAAAAACUUCAUUACCUUCACAAAUAUGCUGCUCGAUAUAAACUUCUAUUUGUACACGCUUCUGCAUCUAUGUACCACCUUCUCAAUACUACUUCUGGGAGUUAUAUUUCCGCCAUUGUUGUGGGAAUUGAAUCCUGCCUUGAACAUUUGGUCGGUGGCGACAAUGACAGGCAUCGCGCACGCCGGCGCCCUCUGUUUUAUAGUUCUAUGCAUCGCUCUGCCCAAGACCAUCAACGAAACCUCCAGAUUGUACGCAGUAUUCUGCCUCAUCGGCGCUAUUGGAUUUUAUGGCAUUACUUUAUCGACGCACAAGAGUUUUCUCGUUGUCUGGUGUAUGCUAGCCAGCUUAGCGACUGCCGCAUCGGGUGUCCUACAACAACCACUCUACAAUUCUCUCAACGACUUCGACACUACAGCAACUAUAUCCAGUGCAAAUACCGUAGUCGCUGCCUUCUUAAUGGUCUUCUGUAUAAGUUAUAGCUACGAAUACAAGACUCUAUUCUUCGUAGCCAGUUUGUUACAGACGGCGGCCGCUGGUAUAUUCUUCGCGACGUCUUUCAGAAGACGAAGGUAGUUUAGUGUAGUCGCUUUUUAAAUGGUGACUUUUAACCGUCCCUACUGUUAUUAAGACUGUUAUUUGUUGAAAAAGUAAGAAAAAAAAAUGUUUUACGAGAAAUGUAUUGCUGUUAAGUAAUUUAAUUGUAAAGAUCAGUUCACAUUAUACCGAAACGAGACAAGGCCAUUUAGCCGAAACUUUUUCGUUUUCGCUUCGUUAUAGA